UCUAAAAAAAAGAAAAGCAAAAGAAAUUACUCAUUGCCCAAGAAGAUUUGGACUCCCAUUAAAGACCAGAGAAACCGUGUGCUUAUUUUUCUUUUUGACUCAGACAUGGCACAAUUUUGUGUAUUAAUUAAAUUUCUGAAAUCCAAUUGGGAUGAAAUUUAGGCCAAAAGAGAAAAAGAAAAAAAAGAAUGGAUUUUCUUCUCGAGAUAAUUUAUAAAGUUGUGGGAACUCUCUUUAAAGAGGGCGAGAAAAGCAAAGCAGCAGCAGAUUGCCAAAUGGCAUUCAGCACCCAAAGAGACUCUGCCUUUCUUCCUUCACCUCAUCAGUCUGCUCCUCAGCCGAACCACGAUGUGUUUUUGAGUUUCAGGGGCGAGGACACUCGACUUAGCUUUGUAUCUCAUUUAUACCACGAAUUGCAGCACAGGGGGAUUAAAACAUUCAAGGAUGAUCGUGAGCUUGAAAUAGGGACACCUAUUUCUUCAGAGCUCAUCAAAGCAAUCGAAGAAUCAACGCUUGCAAUCGUUGUUCUCUCGCCAAAUUAUGCAUCUUCUUCCUGGUGCUUGGAUGAGCUUACAAAGAUUCUCCAAUGCAUGAAAUCCAAGGGCACAAUUCUGCCAGUGUUUUAUCAUGUGGAUCCCUCCGAUGUGAGAAAACAAAGCGGCAGUUUUGCGGACGCCUUCACUGAGCAUGAGAAAAGGUUUAGGGAAGACAUCGAUAAGGUGAAGCGCUGGAGAGAUGCUUUAACAGAAGUAGCCAAUUUAUCUGGGAUAGAUUCAAAGAAUGAGUGUGAAAGAAAGCUUAUUGAAAAGAUUGUUGAAUGGGUGUGGAGUAAAAUGCAUCGCACAUUCAAAUUGUUGGAUUCCACAGAGUUAGUGGGAAUUAAGUUUACACUUGAGCACAUAGAUUGGCUAUUAGCUCCUACGGAUGAUGUUCGCUUUAUAGGGAUAUGGGGGAUGGGCGGCAUUGGCAAGACGACCAUUGCUAAGCUAGUUUAUGAGGGCAUUUCUAUUAAUUUUGAAGUUAGCUGCUUCCUUGCUAAUGUUAGAGAGGUUUCUGAACAUGGGAAUCUUGUUAAUCUACAAAGACAGCUUCUUUUCCCGAUCUUGAAGGAACAAAUUACUCAGGUCUGGGAUGAACAGUGGGGGACCUAUUUCAUUAAGAAUUGCUUAUCUAAUAAAAAGGUUCUUCUCAUUCUUGACGAUGUGAGUGAAUCAAGUCAACUUGAAAAGUUGGCUGGUGAAAAGGAUUGGUUUGGUAAGGGGAGUAUAAUCAUAAUUACAACUAGAGAUGAACGGUUGCUAGUUAAGCAUGACAUGCAGGUAUCAUAUAAGGUAGAGGGAUUAAGUGAUGAUGAUGCUCUUGAGCUCUUUAGUCGGAAUGCCUUUAAAAAAAAUGAGCCUGUGGAAGGUUUCUUGGAAUUGUCCAAGGGUUUUGUAAAUUAUGCCAGAGGCCUUCCACUAGCUCUUAAACUUUUGGGAUGCUUAGUGUAUAAGAGAGAUCCAGAUGUAUGGAAAAGUGAAUUGGAUAAGCUGCGGAAAAUUCCUAAGUCAGAAAUUAUUGAUUUGCUCAAAACAAGUUACGAUGGACUGGAUGAGAUGAACAAGGAUAUAUUUCUUGAUGUUGCAUUUUUUCAUAAGGGGAAGGACAAGGAGCAUGUAAUUGAAAUACUAGACAGUUGUGGCCUAUGUGGUUGUGUUGGGAUAAAUGAUCUCAUUCAGAAAUCACUCUUAAUUAUAUCAAAUAGGAAUGUUGAGAUGCAUGAUUUGAUACAAGAAAUGGCAUUGGAAAUUGUUCGUCGAGAGUGUCCUGACGAGCCUGGUAGACGAAGUCGAUUGUGCAAUCAUGAUGAUAUCUCUCAUGUAUUCAUAAACAAUACGGCAACUGACAAAAUUAAAGGCAUCAUAUUACACAUGGCGACACCUGAAAAGGCAAAUUGGAAUUGUGAAGCCUUCUCUAAGAUGCUUAACCUGAAAUUUCUUGAAUUUCAUAAUAUAAUGAUUUCUUCAAGCCCCAGAAUUCUUACUAAUUCCUUGAGAAGUGUCAAAUGGAGUUGGUAUCCUUCCAAAUUUCUCCCAUCAGGUUUUCAGCCGAAAUACCUUAUUGCACUUGAGAUGCCUGGCAACAAACUUGUUCGGCUUUGGGAUGGAAGAAAGUACUUGCCCAACUUGAAAAAAAUGAACCUUUGUGGCUCUGAAAACUUGACCACAACCUCAGAUUUCAGUGGCAUGCCGAAUCUUGAGGUGUUGAAUUUUCAACUUUGUGAUAAUUUGGUUGAGAUUCACCCGUCAAUUGCAGAUCUCAAAUGUCUUAUAAACUUGGAUCUUGGUUUUUGCCCAAAAUUGAAAAAGAUUCCAGAAUUUUCAGGGCAAAUGAAAAAUUUGUCAAUGCUUGAUUUACAGGCGACGUCCAUUGAGAAAUUACCUUCAUCAAUAGGAUGUCUGGUUGGCCUUACUACUCUGCUUCUAUUGGAUUGCAAAAAUCUCGAGGGUCUUCCGAGUGAAAUUUGUAAUUUGAAGUCACUUGGUGCACUCCAUGUGAAUGGAUGCUCAAAAAUUGACAAACUCCCAGAGAACAUGGGGGAGAUGGAGUGUUUACAUACGCUUCUACUGAAUGGAACUGCUAUAAGACAGUUGCCACGCUCCAUUGUUGGUUUGAAAAAACUGAAGGAUCUAUCUUUGGGUGGAAGAAGUGGAUCACAGCCUAAUCAAUCAAGGUUUUGGUGGGGCCUCCCCCGCUUCAAUGGAAGAAAGGCUUUUGUGUUGGCUUCACUUGGUGGUUUAUUCUCUUUGAAGAAUUUGAAUCUGAGUAAUCGUGGACUUUGUGAAGGGGAUCUUCCCAGUGAUAUUGGCUGCUUGUCCUCUUUAUCCGCACUAAAGCUUAUUGGAAACAAUUUUGUUAGCCUUCCUGCAAGCAUUGGAUGUCUUUCUAAACUUGAGUUAUUUUGGGUGAAUGGGUGCCAAAGGCUUGAACAAUUGCCAGAUCUUUCUAAGCUUAUCUCAUUAGCGGAUAUAGACAUAGCCGGUUGCACUUCCUUAAAAAUGUUACCACAUCUUUCGUCAAAUUGCUCAUCAGUGGAUAUAAACAACGAAAUAUAUUUUGGUGGGUUUGAUUGUGCCAAUUGCUUUGUAUUGGUUGACAAUGAAGGCUGCGAUAGUAUAAUACUGAAAAUGCUACAGCGAUACCUUCAGCUUCAGCUAAUCCCUAGGCCUGCUUUCGAAAUUUUAACUCCUGGAAGGAAAAUUCCAGAGUGGUUCAGUAGUCAAAGUUUGGGAGAUUCCCUAACUGUGGAGCUACCUCCAGAUUCAUGUACCACGUGGAUGGGAAUUGCUUUAUGUGCUGUGUUUGAAGUUCAGGCUGAUCUUUCUGAUUUUCAUUAUUUUGAAAUUAGCUGUUCCGCACAAGAAUUGCUUUAUGGAGUAUUUUCAAAAUAUUUUAAAAAAGGCGAAGUUGUGUCACCUCACCUUUGGGUAAUUUAUGUACCUCAGGUACAAUUUGACACAAAAUGCGGUCAGAUAAAGGUUUUGUUAACAACUGAUUAUUAUUGUUAUGACCGAAUACGGCGGAUAUACGAAAAAUCUGGCACGUCUCAGAUGAAAUUUGGGUUUCGUUUGGUGCACGAGCAAGAUGUGGAACAACUCAACCAGAUCAUGAUGAACAAAUCCAUCAUCAAGAGCACUACUACUUGUUCUACCAAAUCAGCUGAUGCACAAGGUCAACAACGCCACGAUGACGAGGAGGCUGGUCCUAGUGGAAGUGGUAGCUCUCACCAAAAAUCUCUCUUCUGCAAUACCUAUGCUCUUUCCGAAGAGGCAGACCAAGAUGAAUUAAAUGAUGUUGUUGACGAAGCUCGGCGCAGAAAAAGAAAGAAGAUGGAUGUUUUUGGGACUGACCUAUGAUUCCUCACUUUCAAGGCAAGAGGCAUCACAGCUGCUGCAUUUCAAUUCAAUGUGAGUUGCUACUUUCAUUUUUUCGGAUUUGACGUACUAUGUGCUUCAUUCUUUUGGCCUUAUGUUGCUCCAUUUGGUUGGCGCGCUUCAUUCUUGAACUACAGCAGCGGGUCCAUAGGAACCUUAGAUCCAUAAUUAACUCAAAUAAUAAGGAACAAUUACUAACAAAUAUAAUUUAGGGAUAAAAAUGUAAUAAUUAAGUACUCAUCAGUUUGUAAAGACAUUAUAAAUAUCAAAUGUUGUAACACAUAAUCACAAAGUUAUCAACACCAAGAUGAAUAAGGUGCAAGGAGAGGGGUGGAAUUGGCUGGGGUUCGAAACCCAUUGGGUGUGCUGAAGGUUCAAUUUCUUUAAUUUUUUUCGCAGGUUGGCAGGUAGUAAACGGGUUGACACAACCCAUGACACGACCCGUUUAAUAAACGGGUUAAACAGGUAUUUAAUCGGGUUGGCUGGUUGACCCCAAACCCACCCGUUUAUAAACGGGUCAGUGGCGGGUUGACCAAAAAUUACCCGUUUAUUAAUCGUGCGUGUUCGGGUCGUGUUUUUCCCGUGCGGGUUUUGAGUCGUGUAAUGGGUCGAGUCGGAAAUUGCCACCCCUAUUGGAGGGUAGCCACUUUGAUUUUCUACUUAGGCCUUGCCCCCUCUUAUUUUUUGCUAUUGUUGAAAAGUUUAAUAAAAACUGUUAUUCUUAAAAGAGGAGCUAAAUUUUUGCUAACUUCAUUAAAAACUCCUCCUCAGCAGCCUCUUCACCACCCAAUGCACGUAACAUUUUUUAAUUUUUAUUUUAUAACACAAUCACCUCACCAUCUAUAUAAAACCUUUCAUUCGUAUCAAUCUCUUACUCAUCCACAAUAAUGAAAAUCAAAAUGGCAGCUUACACAACUUUCAAGCUCUUCUAGCCUCUGGACUAUGCCAUUUUCCUUUUCCAGCCAUACAUUUAUCAUUAGAUUCAUAUAUUUGAUGAUAUAAUUCCUCUGCUCUCUCUCUCUCUCUCUCUCAUGUACAUUUGUCAUGUUGCUGCAUAUUAUAUAGCAUUUGAGCAAAGUAUCUGUUAACGUACUGCAAAUCAUUAAGUAGUUACCUUCAGCAAACAAGUAUAUGUGUCUUCCCUUAACCUGAGUUCAAACCCCCUCCCGUACCGUACAUUACAAUAGGUUGAAAUUUCCUUUGUCAAUUUGAGAACAAAUUUGAAAUUAAAAUGUAAAGCAAACAUAAAUUUAAUCAUCCAAUUAUGGAUCUCAAUCAAUCUUUUGGAAUGAGCACGAACAGUGAAUACACUAACCAACUUUCGGUAAGCAAACGAAUGGUCGAUCCUUUUGAACAUCAGCAAACAAAACCAACACUAAGCAAAUCAACCAUCACAAAGACCAUAAAUUAUCCAUUAAUUCGUCUGAUAUAUCAUGAGUUGGGAAUUACGCUUACUUACUUUAAUUCCCACAAAUUUUGUUAUAUGCAUCAUCAGUUGAUGAGUUGAGUCCCAUAAACUUCUCUUGCCGUUAAGUAACACAUGAUCAUUGUCAUUAUGAGUUACUCUCAGCAGCCUCUUCACCACCCAAUGGACGUAACAUUUUUUUUUUUUUUUUCAUUUUAUAACACAAUCACCUCACCAUCUGUUUAAAACCCUUCAUUCGUAUCAAU